AUCUAAACUAUUGAGUUGCAAAUCCACAGUUUUGAAGGUGCCCAACCCAAUAAGCUUUGGAUAUAUUUGGUUUCAAAGGCUUCAAGCCCAUAGCUUUUAUCACGUCUAUGACAGAGGAGUGAUGAGCGGAAAAUGGCCAACAGACCCAACUGUUGAUUCACGAGUAAUCCGUGAAGUGGAUCCAAAGAACAUCCGAAUCCGAUCCAUAUCAGUCAAUAAGAUGAAGAAAAUUACGCUGUCUUCUCGGCCUCAGGCACUGGAGUGAAAAGGAGAUGCCGUUAAAAAGUUUAACUGUGAAAUCAGCUUUGGCGCUUCGCGUUGGCAAUUCGAAAACAUUGGGGUUCUAGGGUUUUACUCUUAUUUUCAUCUCCCAAUUGAAUCAUUGGGGUUUUAAAUUUAUAAAUACCCAACAUCCUUGGAUUAUUUCACAAUGGGAGUUGUUAAGCUGGAAAUUCAGUGUCCUGAAACUGUUAAUGGAAUCGGUCUUGAACCCGACCCGGAUUGGAGUUUCGAUACUUUGUUAUCGGAGCUUGAUUCCUUGGAAAAGACGCUCAAUGUCUCUUCUUCCGUCCCUUUGCCUUUAGCAAAAACCAAAUCAAGAGAAUUUUAUGGGGAAAAAGGCAUCAAGAGAAGCUCAAAUGCAUUUGUUAUGAGAAUAUCUGAUGAGGAGUUUGAGGAUAAUGAAGGUGAGAAUGAGGAGGCUCAUGAUGGAGGUUUAGUGAAAGUUGCACAAUUUAAUUGCGAUGAACUUUAUUUGAGUAGCAGCGAUGAUGAUUCUGAUGAUGAGCCUUGUCUUGAAGUCCAAACCUACUUGAUGAAUGAGGUGGGAUUGGUGGAGAGUGCUUUAUUUGAGUUAACUCAUGAGCAUCAACUUGGAGUUAAGGAGGAAAUUAGGAACAGAAUCUCUGCAUUAGAGACAGAUUUGAUGAAUGAGAGCGAAAAGUCUUUCUCUGCACAUACUAAAGUUGAGAAAUAUAGUGAAGCAAGGCGGGAAGUGCAGAGGAAAUUUGAUGUUCAGUAUCAACGCAGAAUUGCAGAAGGACUUGAUAAUCACUUGACUGCUGUCCAGCGGGACCAUGAACUCAAAUCACAAAUAGAGGAAAGGAGAAUAAGAAGUGAUGCAGCACAUGAAGAAGCAAAGAGAAGGGAAAAGGCUAUUCAGGAAGAAAGACUACGCCAAGAAAAGGCCAAAGCAGAGGCAGAGGCUAAACUUAAAGCUGAGGAAGCCAACAGAGUUGCUUUGGAAGCUGAAAGGAGAGCAGCAAAAGAAGCAGCAGAAAAGGAAGCAGCUAAAGCCCAGAAAUCUAAUACUUCUAAAGUGUCACAAACAGAAGCUUUAGGAGGCCCUAAUGCUACUGUUUCAGGAGUUUUAAUUGAUCAGCUCAAGGGAUCUGAAAUUGACAAAACAAACAAAUCACAUUCAGCAGGUAACACGCUCAGGGCUGCAGAGAGUGCUUUAAACCUAGAGAGGGAAAGGCUACAGAAGUUAAAGGAGUUGGAUGAAAUAAACCAAUCACUGCGAUCAAGCUCAAAUGAGGAUUUUGGCAGCAUUGAAAGGCAUAUUGCUAGGUUGAUAAGACAAAUAAGGGGUACUAAAGACAAUGUCAGUACAAAAGCUAGUGCGCUUAUAAAGAUUUUCAACAAUCCUGGUUGUCCUCAAACCAUCAGCAUUGCGUCUUUUGCUAAGAAGGUAGUUUCUCACUGUGAAAGCCCUGAUAAUGCUGCCUUUGCUUGUGGUCAUGUCAUUGUCCUUGUAACUUCACAGUUCCCACAAGCGAUGGAUCUUCUUGUUGCUGAACUACAAAGAGCUUGCAUUUACUCUGUCCCAAAGCAUAUAUCGUACUCAAAGUCAGCAUUUGAAUCCAAAGAGGCUUAUUGGAAGGCUAUUGGAUACCGGGAGGACCAUGGGAAGAUUGAAAGUAGCAAGGAUUAUUUGAAACGGUUGGAAUCUUACAUGAAGCUGUAUGGGGCACUGGUUCAGACCGAGGUUGCAGGUUGCCAAAAUGUUCAUGGUCUAAAUGAAGGUUGGGCAUGGCUUGCUAGAUUCCUAAAUGCACUCCCAGCCAAUAUUUAUACUGCUGUGGCUUUGAACGCAUUCCUGCAAAUGGCAGGCUUUGCUCUCUUCAGAAAAUACAAAUCUCAGUUCAAGAAGGUGCUGAACAUUAUCUCUGAGAACUUUCUAAAUGCCUUGAGAGCCCAAGAAGAUCCAGAGCUGAGGCCAAUUACUGCAGAGAUUCAGUCUUACUUAGAAGAUAAGAAAUUCCUUCAAGAACCAGAGGGAAGGGCUUUGCAAAGUUCUUUGUUAUCAAGUGUCAUGGUGCCUGACUCAGAUUACCGGGACUCGUAUCAUCAACCAAAUAGAUUUUUUUACUAAAUGAUUGAGCUGAGAAAAAUCUUUUGUUGCACGUCUUCAUGAACCAAGUUCAUCUCCUCAUUUGCAACCCUUUCCAAAUUCUUAUGUCUAUAUUUCAUGACACCAAUUUUAUUUAUAAAUCCAUAUAAAAUAACGGUUACUAACUGAGAAAAAA